AUGGACGCUCUAUUCUCACUACCCAUUAUCUCCCUCCUCCUCGUUCCCACCAUGUCGUCCUAUGCGACUAGCCUCAACUUUAUCUUCUUUUAUGUGACGUGGUCGACCCUAGUGCUGUCGCAUUCCCCGCUCCGCGUCGAGCUGGUCGGCUCAGCCGCAGUGCGCGCAUUAUUCUUCGUACUGCCUUCCCUUCUUUUCUUCUUGUUCGACAUCCUCACGCCAUCUGCAUCUGUGAUCGUGAAGGCGCAGGGUGAGGCCGGUCUGCCCAGCGGCAGGAAGAAGGGCAAGGUCCGCGUGCGGGAUCUCAAAGUCGCAGCCUGGGCGCUUCUCAAUGUGCUUCUUGGGACUGUCCUACAAGCUGCGGUCGAGACUCUGCUGGUCCAGGGUCUUGGUAUUCGCAGUGCGGUUAAGGUGUCUAUGAAGCUCCCCAUGCCUUGGGAGAUGGGCAAGGGCCUCAUACUUGCCUUACUGAUUCGCGAGGUCUUGACUUAUUAUGUUCACCGCUACGUCUUGCACAAUGCGCAAUCCGUCUUCACUAGGUACUUGGCCCGGGCUCACCAGUCAUGGUACCAUAGUCUCAGGACACCGUUCCCUCUCACGGCGCACUACGACCAUCCACUGGUUUACAUCUUUGUUCGCUUCCUUCCUACGUAUUUGCCGGCCUUGUUCCUUCGUUUCCACAUGCUUACCUACCUGCUCUUCCUGUCGACUGUGUCCCUUGAGGAGACGUUUGCGUAUUCUGGAUACACUGUUAUGCCUACCAGCUUUUUCUUGGGGGGUAUGGCGCGUCGAACUGAUGGACAUUUACUUGAGGAUGGUGAGGGCAAUUUUGGACCUUGGGGUAUCUUAGAUUGGAUCUUUGGAACAAGUAUUGGGGACUCUAUUGAGGAUGAUAUUGUGGCAGGAGUGGAUGAGCAGGAGGUUGAAAGGCAGGUUCGAAAGGCUAUGGAGGCUUCGAAGAGGAAGAUUAGGGAAGGUACUUUGCGGAGGAAUACAAAGCCUCGGAGCUAG